GGCGGUGUCGGAAAGUCGAGCAUGACGUUGAAUUUUAUAAGGAAUGAGUUUAUCGAUAUGCAUGAUCCUACUAUAGACGACAGCUAUACUACUACAAUCACUGUGGAUGAAGUUCCUUGGCAGAUUGAAAUUUUGGAUACCGCCGGCCAGGAAGAGUAUCGAGGCCUGUGGGUUGAGCACGCGGUCUCACAAGGCGAAGCCUUCAUUUGCACCUACGCAAUCAAUUCGACCCACUCCUUUCAUUUCUUGCCAACAAUCUUGAACCUCAUCGCAAAUGUCAAAAACGCAAUGGCCUACCCUUUCCCCUUCGUGAUCGCUGGGAAUAAGGUAGAUUUAUCCGAUGAGAGAACGGUCAUGCCAGAUGAUGGAAUGCGUAUGGCUGCCAUGACUGGAGGACUGUUCUUUGAAUGCUCGGCUAAGACCGGCGUGAGUGUUGCUAGCCCCAUACUGAUAUGUCAGUCAGAAAGCACAGAUCUAAAUGAAGCCCAACCUUUCCUACGUUCAAAUUAUGCUCCUCUAGGCGAAGAUCACAAACGUAUUUACGGAUCUGAUUCGAUCCGUUGCAAAGCUUCGCAAAGAAGCGGCUUCCCAAAAGAUAGACCAAAAAUUGAAACAGUGAGUUGA